GCGAACCCGGCACCCGCCGCACUCCGGUCCCUCCCGCCGGGGCUCCCGCGCCCUGCCGAGGUCGGGCCCCGGCUCCGAGAGGCGUGGCCGGCCCUCAAGCCCUCAGCGGCGGCCAUGGCCUCGGUGGUGGAGUACAAGGGCCUGAAGGCCGGCUACUACUGCGGCUACUGCGAGUCCCCGGAGGGCAAGGCGUCGUGUGGCAUGUGGGCACAUUCCAUGACAGUGCAGGAUUAUCAGGAUCUUAUAGACCGAGGAUGGAGAAGAAGUGGGACAUAUGUGUACAAGCCUGUCAUGAAUCAAACCUGCUGUCCUCAGUAUACGAUAAGGUGUCAUCCUUUACAGUUUCAGCCAUCAAAAUCUCACAAGAAAGUUUUGAAAAAAAUGCUGAAAUUUCUGGCUAAAGGGGAGAUUUCGAAAGACAGUUGUGAGGAUGAGCCCAUGGAUUCUACAAUGGAGGAUGCUGUUGCUGGUGACUUUGCAUUAAUAAACAAGUUGGAUAUAAAGUGUGAUCUUAAAACACUCAGCAGUGAUCUAAAAGGAAGCAUAGAGAGUGAAGAGAAGAAGAAAGAAAAAAGUUUAAAGAAAGAAGGAUCUAAAGAAUUAAUUCAUCCACAAGCUAUAGAGGAGAAAUUGGGCUCUGGUGAACCAUCGCAUUCAAUCAAAGUUCAUAUUGGUCCUAAGCCAGGUAAAGGAGCUGAUUUGAGUAAGCCUCCAUGUCGAAAAGCAAAGGAAAUGCGGAAAGAAAGGAAAAGGUUAAAACUCAUGCAGCAAAACGCAGCUGGAGCCUUUGAGGGUUUCCAGGCUCAAGGUCAGCCAGCGUCUUUGCUACCAAAGGCUAAAUCCAAUCAGCCCAAGUCACUUGAAGAUUUAAUUUUUGAGUCUUUACCAGAGAAUGCAUCACACAAGUUAGAGGUGAGGGUGGUGAGAUCUUCUCCACCAAGUCCUCAGUUCAAAGCCACAUUUCAGGAGUCUUACCAGGUCUAUAAGCGUUACCAGAUGGUUAUUCACAAGGAUCCACCUGAUAAACCAACUGUGAGCCAGGUGAGGCUAGUACCUGCCUCCUUUGAGGACCCAGAGUUCAAGGCAUCCUUCAACCAGUCCUUUUCUUUAUAUGCCAAGUAUCAAGUGGCCAUACACCAGGAUUCACCUAUUGAGUGUGGAAAGACUGAGUUCACAAGAUUCCUUUGCAGCUCACCAUUGGAGGCAGAGCACCCUGCUAAUGGACCGGAGUGCGGUUAUGGCUCCUUUCACCAGCAGUACUGGCUCGAUGGGAAGAUCAUUGCUGUGGGUGUGAUAGACAUCCUCCCAUACUGUGUGUCUUCAGUGUAUCUGUACUAUGAUCCUGAUUAUUCAUUUCUGUCUUUGGGUGUCUAUUCAGCAUUAAGAGAAAUUGCUUUUACUAGACAACUGCAUGAGAAAACAUCGCAACUCAGCUAUUAUUAUAUGGGUUUCUACAUUCAUUCCUGUCCCAAGAUGAGAUACAAGGGUCAGUAUAGACCUUCUGAUUUGCUGUGUCCUGAGACGUAUGUCUGGGUGCCCAUUGAGCAGUGCCUCCCUUCUCUUGACAACUCCAAGUACUGCCGUUUCAACCAGGACCCACAAGCAGUGGAUGAAGGACGCUGUAAGGACCUUGACCGAGUACGGGUAUUUCACAGGCGAGCGGCCAUGCCUUACGGUGUUUAUAAAAACCACCAAGAAGACUCGAGUGAGGAGGCCACUGUGCUGGAGUAUGCAAACCUUGUGGGGCAGAAGUGCUCUGAGAGGAUGCUGCUGUUCAGACAGUGAAGAGCUGCACCACAGCCCAGCACCAGCCUGGGCACUCUUGUCACAUCCUGCCGUGUCUCAGCUCCUGCAGCCACUCGCCAAGUACAUUCUUAGAGCUUGUAAAAAGUAUUUUGUGGAGUUGUAUUUAUGAGAAUCUUGUGAUUAAUAUAAAGAUUUUAAAAUACAUGAUGAUCUAGCCCCUUAAUCGGGACUUGUCCUUUUGGAGUUUCCUUCUGGAGCAAGGUGUGCUAAAUGUCUCCAGUAAAUACUUUGGGGAGAAAAGUGAAGAAGUGAAUCUAAGUAAUUUCCUCACAUUGCUGUUUUUGUCUUGAAGAAAUUCUAACACAGAGACAGUUUGCUUAGACCAGUGGUUCUCAACCUGUGAGUCUUGAACCCUACAGGGGUUGUAUGUUGGAUAUUUACAUUAUGAUUCAUAAUGGUAGCAAAAUUACAGUUAUAAAUAGCAAUGAAAUAAUUUUAUGGUUGGGGGUCACCACAACAUGAAGAACUGUAUUAAAGGGUGGCAGAAUUAGGAAGGUUGAGAACCAUUUACUUAGACCCAUGCAAGAUGUUAGCUCAUGCUGGGAAAUUUAGGUGGGGCCAAAAGUGAAGAGGACUUCCAUCACUAGGAAAUAUGUCUUCCCCACAAACGAAAACUCUGUUACCCUGUUCGAUAUUAAAUUCUGCCAGUGUUACAGUGUGUCAUUAAUAAACAACCUGAAAAGGAAAUGUAAA